CCCAACGCCUCCCCUUCUCCCUCCCUCCACUCCACCCCACUCUCUCCCUCUCUCUUUCUCUUCCUACACUCGAACGGAACGGUGCUGAUAUCAUCCGCGCCGCCGCACGUUGCAGAGGGGAAAAAGAAGGCAAGGAAAAGGCGCUUUCCGAGCAGAAAAAAAGGAUCUGGCCGCUUUACGCUUCUCCUCCGCGGGAUUUUGAUUCCCCCCACACCAUCAUCCACCAAUCAUCGUCGUCGCCAGGCGGGCGGCGCGCUAGCUAGGACCACAGAAGUCAACGCCGGCGGCGGGCCGCGCUCAGAUCCGAAGGCGGGGCAGGCGAACAGCGGCGGUGAUCGAUGGGGUCGUUCAAGGGCCACGUGCUGCCGGGGACGCUGUUCCUGGCGGUGGGCGCGUGGCACGUGUGGGCGGCGGUGGCGCGCUUCGCCAUGGACCCGGCCGGGUUCCGCCUCCGCGUCUGGAACCCCGUGGGCAGCGGCAGCGGGGCGCUGCGGCACCUGGAGCUCUACGUCAUCGCCGGGGGCGCCUUCCUGGACAUGUGCGUGGAGGUGCUCUACUCCACCCACCUCCACAUAUUCGCGCCCGGCGGCGGGGUCAACCCGGCGCACCUCAACGACCUCGAGCACGGCGGCAUGCUGCUCAUGUUCUUCCUCGUCGGCGCCCUCGCCCUCCUCUCCGAGAACACCAGGUACCUGCCCCUGACGGAGGGCGCGCUGAGCCUGCUGGCGGCGACGGCCUUCACGGCCGAGCUGCUGCUCUUCUACUUCCACUCGACCACGCACCAGGGGCUGGAGGGGUACUACCACUACCUCCUGGUGGUGCUCGUCGGGCUCUGCGUCGCCUCCAACGUCCUCGGCGCGCUCCUCCCGGCGAGCUUCCCCGCCGACCUGGCCAGCGGCCUGCUCAUCACCCUGCAGGGCCUGUGGUUCUACCAGACGGCCUUCACGCUCUACGGGCCGAUGCUCCCCGAGGGGUGCCACCGCGACGCCGCCGGGGACAUCGAGUGCCACGGGCACGCCGCGGGGGAGCGCGCGGAGCAGCUCGCCGACUUCCAGCUCUUCGCCUACGUCUUCCUCGUCUUCGCCUACGCCCUCGGCUGCUACGCCGUCGCCGCCGCCAAGUACGGCCACCCGGACCUGAGGGCCGUCGAGAUGGAGCACCGGGAAAAUGUCGCCGGCAGUGGUGGAAGAUUCGUUGGCAGCUCGGUGCUGUCUAGUGGCAUAUGAAUGACAUGAUAUGACUUCUGCUCUGUUUUUCGCCAUUGUCGUCUUGUUCGAUUUGGUAGCGUACACGCGACGGGCACAUCAUUGAGGGGCGGACCUGAACGUGAGGUCAGUCGGUACAAGAAUAGAGAGGGGCUGUACAUUCUGGUUAGUUAAUUACACAGCAAAAUCACAGAUCAACGUUCCUUUA